AUGUCGGAAACCUCACAUCCAUCUCGCGAUCCAAAAAAUCUCAGCGAACCAUUCGCAGUCAUCGAAUUUCUCGAGAAAAACGAAAAAGGGCUACCAUGCAUUGAUUUGGUGCCGAAAAAAUGGUUUAAUAGUGCAGAAGAAGACACCUGUAAAUUCCCACCGACAACUGAAUAUCAUCUACUUGACGACUACUUGGAAAAAUUGCACUCGCCCAAGGACUCUUGGCAAAGUUAUCCAUUUUGCUUCAUCACCGGAGCAGCUGAUUUGGAUCAGGGUCGCAGAAGAUUAAAAAAGGCCCAAGUAACUCUCAACUGUGAGACAACCGAUGGUGAAAAUGAUCGAAAGGGGGGGAGGUCCGAAACUUCCUCGAAAGCAAAAAUUUCAGCAAAACCCUUAACUGCAUCAAAGUCUCAACUAAACAACAUCUUUAGUACUAAAAUCCCGAUUCCACCUAGAAAUCAAACUCCAAAGUCUGGUAUACAAGCAAAACCAAAGACAAGAUUUCAAAGCAUUUACCAGAGUGGAUCUGACUCUGAAGACGAAAAUCAUGAUUGUCUUAUAGCUAAUCCUGAGGAGAUUCGAGCCUCAAAGGCUCAAAAUAAUUCUGGCUUUUUGCAAAUGUCGAGUAAAUCGCGAUCUGUACCAACAGGUGCAUGUUUAUCAUUUAAACAGCGGUCAAGGAAGAAUAUUACUUUGCUUAAAGACGUCGAAACUGAUGAAUCUGAGAGCAAUGAUUCCUCCGAUGGAAUUCUGCAGUCACCUACAAAAUCGAUGGACUCAGCGAGAAAUACAAGAAAAGAACUUCAUUUGACACCUCCUUCACCACUAGUCCAUAACGCUUCAGGUAACCGAAAAAGGCGUGCAUCGUCUACUACACGCGCUGAAGACGGAUUGAAUUCGAUUGUGAGCCCAGGAACUCCAAAAACUUCACGAUCAAUGAUGGUACCCCCUGCUAAGAUGCCAAAAAUGCUGGGACCACAAAACCAGUUGUCAUCUAGUCAUUAUGCUGAUAAUGAACGUCGAAUCCUGAACUCCCUUCGAGAUUACUUUGAUCAGCAAUUAGAUGAAAAGCUCGAAAAUUUAAGACGCAGGAUGGCUUACGAUUUAAAGCAGUCUAUGAAUGAGCUCAAGACCACAAUCAUUGGCACUAAUCUAGCCCCAGCUUCUGGUCCUAGCUUGCUUGAAAUACAGAAGCAGAUGUCUACGCCACUACCAUUUGAAAUGGAUGAUAAGUUCCAGGAAUACGAAGCGAUAUUGACAACGGACCCAAAUCUCGUAGAAACACUGCGAUUAUUCAUGAGAGUUUUGAUAAGCAAUAAAAAAGAGAUGAAAAUAUGUGUUUCCACUAUCCUAUCUGCGGUUCUGAGGAAGACAGUGUCACUGCACUAUUCUGGUUACGGAAAGGAAGCUGGCGGAAAGAAAAAGAAAAAUGUUUAUAACACUACAGUAUGCAAAGUACUGAUUGAUGUGAUAAUUGAGGUAAUAGGAUCCAGCACUGAUGAGAAGAAGAUAAUGUCAGAAGUAAGUACUUGGUUGUCACGUUCUGGCGAUCGAGAGGGUGGGCGUAAGGAACGACAACGCGGGUCAAGUCAUCAUAACGAGAAUAAUUCAGUUUGUUCCUUUGAUACCAAUCGAUAAUACUUCAUUUUUCCGGGAUAAAUGGAAUUGUAAAAUCACUGUGUUAAUAUGACUCCAUUAGUUCAUUUUCGUAAUUGUAUUAGUUGUGAUAUUCUUGAUAAAAGGUACGAUUAAUAGGAAAAGUUUAUAUUAUCAAUAUAUUUUUAUCGCGAGGCGUUUCAUUGGGCAGAAUAUAUAUUAAUAUAUGAAUAUUGUUUAGUAUUCGGCUGUCAUUGAAGUAUUAAUUAUAUUUAUUAUAUUUCUCCUGGCGAGGUCGGAAAUCCAGAAGAUGGAAAUAACAAUUGGAAAAUGUGAUGUAUCUUAGCAUAAUAAAGUAUUUUCUAUGUCAUUUCCUCAUAAGUUAGAUCACGGGAAUAAAUAUCCGUUGUUGGUUCAGGGAUUAAAUAUUAUGUCCAAAAGUUUAAAGGGAAAAAUAAUAAGUGGAUUUUUAAUUUUUAAGAAAAAUUCUAAUGAAAGUAAUUUCAGCCAUUGAGAGCUGUUUUCAGUAUUUGGUGAUUCAAGUCAAAUAAUAUUUAUAAGGUUGAAGUUUCACAAUCGGACUGCGUCCAUAUUCCCCAAAGAUUUCAAAUUUAAGGGUUGAAAUUAAUUAGUUAUAUGUAAUCCUAUCCAAGACUUUUUUAUAUUUCUAAGUUUGUUUGAAAGAGUGAAUAUAAUAAGCAAUAUUAUAUAGAACUAGCACACAAUCAAUGCAACUAAAUAUCAUUCUGUGUUCCGGAGUUGCAGAUGGAGAAGACAUUAUUGUAAAAAAAGGACGUCUUUCCGAGAUGAAAAAAUAAUUCUUAUCAGGAUAAUUCGUAUCAGCAAUUGUCUAUGGAUAUAAGAAUUAAUUCUUAUCAUCCAUAGCGGAAUAAAUUAUCCAUAAUAUUGCUAUUAUAAUGACUGUUUUCAUGCUUGAAUUGAAGCACGAUAAUUUAUCAAUUCUAAACUACUAAUUUAAAAAAUAACAUUGGUGCGUUAUUUUGUUGGAUAUUUUGUUAAUACAAUCUUCGAAUUCUGAAGACUGACUGCUAAUAUUAUUAGAUUGUAAGAGAGAGUUUAUUAAGACUUAAUAUGGUAUGUCGUAUUAAAUUUCGGAUUCAAAUGAUCUACGUAGAUUAUUUAUUUUAAAAGCGGAUGAAAAUAAUCCACAAAAGAUUUUUCUACAAUUUAUACCUGCAAUCAUUUUUUUGAGUUUUCAUAUUCUGUUCGCGGAAAAAUCUCAUAGUUGUGAUUAUCUUUCAUGAAAAUUGGAGAUACAAACACUGCAUAUCUUUAACUGUUCAACCAAAAUCGGAUGAAAACAUGUACUAUGUCGAUAGGAGGAAAAAAGUUUUUGAUUGGCUGAGUUUUUUUGUCAAUAGAUUUAAUAAAUUUAAAUAUAAGUUUUGUCACAUAAUAAAACUGUUUUCUGUAUAAUGUUGAAGGUAAUAAAUACAUGUCUGCUUAUCA